AUGUCGUUCACGUGCGAGACCCUCCUGACCUGUCGCAACAACACGAAGCUGCUCGUCAAUGAGAUAAUCAUGGACUACGACCUGCCGCGGACCAUGCGAGUGCAAGCCAAGGUGUUCAUGGAGCUGAUAGAUGCGUGGCCGCUCCGCAUAUUUGUGUACGACAUGUUCUCUGUUGACAUCAAGCUGAUGCUUAAGUUUGUUACAGAAGAUAACAGAUCACAAAAAAGUGCUAUUAAGAAAAACUACGUUAACAAUAUCAUGCUCUCAAUUAAACCGGUGUUGUACUGUGAGAGAUUUUUUGGAAUUUUCCGAUUCUACGUAACUAAAGAAGGAGAUAUUGUACCAAUUGAAGGAAAUAUAUACCACUUUAUAUCGAUGAUUAUAUACUUAGAACAAGACCUAGAAAUGUUUAUGUUUUGCAAUAUGAUUUUAAUGUUAAAGAGUAGACUAGAAAUCAUUAAUGGGUACUUAAUGAGGUUUGUACACGAGAAAGAUGCUAACAAGACUCCAAUAUUCAUUAUCAACGAUAGAGAGAUCUCAUCUGAACUGUUUAAUUUCGUCGGCCGUGUCUCUCACAAUAAUAUGAAGAUACGCGAUUUAGCGGCACUGUAUAACACCACCGGAAACAUUUGCUCUUUGAUUAAUGAAGUAUUUCAGUUUCAAAUCUUUAUGAAUCUUGUGUCAACUUUCAUCUUUGUAAUCGUCGCCAUUUGGGAAGCUCUUUACUACUUUAGGUCUCCAGACACCACGGCCGAUCAAUUGGUGACUAUCAUCAUUUGGUGUAUCCUCACGAUCUUCAGUGUCGCUGUAAUGUCGUUCACGUGCGAGACCCUCCUGACCUGUCGCAACAACACGAAGCUGCUCGUCAAUGAGAUAAUCAUGGACUACGACCUGCCGCGGACCAUGCGAGUGCAAGCCAAGGUGUUCAUGGAGCUGAUAGAUGCGUGGCCGCUCCGCAUAUUUGUGUACGACAUGUUCUCUGUUGACAUCAAGCUGAUGCUUAAGUUUGUUAGUGUUGCUACUACGUAUUUGAUAGUCAUCAUACAAAUAUCUCACUUCGUUUAAACAGCCAUUUCACUUCAAUACUCUUGUAGUAACCUACCUAUACUUAUUUACGUGGCAAAAAUAUGUUUGUUGUGACGUUGUUAUUAAUUAACACCUAUACAGGGUGUUAGUGACAUCGUA